GAGGAAGGCCGAGGGGCCAGGGCGGCCGGUGGCCGGCGGAGGUGGCAGGGGGAGAAGGAGGAGCUGGAGGAGGGCAGGGGCUGAGGGAGUGAGUGAGAGAAGCGGACGCGCCAGGGAGGGGAGGGAAGGGGGGUCACGCGGGGGCGCGCGCGCGCACUGGGAGCGCGCUCGGAGGCGAGUGGAACUGGAUCGGGUUUGCUGCCAGCGGCGUGAGCUUCGGCCGCCAUUUUACAACAGCUCCACUCGCGCCGGACACAGGGAGCAGCGAGCACGCGUUCCCCGCCACCCGACCCGGUCGGACAGGAUUCCUCGGCCGCAGCCCCGCGGGGAGAUCUCUGGAAACAUGGCUACAGAACAUGUUAAUGGAAAUGGUACUGAAGAGCCCAUGGAUACUACUUCUGCAGUUAUCCAUUCAGAAAAUUUUCAGACAUUGCUUGAUGCUGGUUUACCACAGAAAGUUGCUGAAAAACUAGAUGAAAUUUACGUUGCAGGGCUAGUUGCACAUAGUGAUUUAGAUGAAAGAGCUAUCGAAGCUUUAAAAGAGUUCAAUGAAGACGGCGCAUUGGCAGUACUUCAACAGUUUAAAGACAGUGAUCUCUCUCAUGUUCAGAACAAAAGUGCCUUUUUAUGUGGAGUCAUGAAGACUUACAGGCAGAGAGAGAAACAAGGGACCAAAGUAGCGGAUUCUAGUAAAGGACCAGAUGAGGCAAAGAUUAAGGCACUCUUGGAAAGAACAGGCUACACACUUGAUGUGACAACCGGGCAGAGGAAGUAUGGGGGACCACCUCCAGAUUCUGUUUAUUCAGGUCAGCAGCCUUCUGUUGGCACUGAGAUAUUUGUGGGGAAGAUCCCCAGAGAUCUAUUUGAGGAUGAGCUUGUUCCAUUAUUUGAGAAAGCUGGACCUAUAUGGGAUCUUCGUUUAAUGAUGGACCCACUCACUGGUCUCAACAGAGGUUAUGCGUUUGUCACUUUUUGUACAAAAGAAGCAGCACAAGAGGCUGUUAAACUGUAUAAUAAUCAUGAAAUUCGUUCCGGAAAGCACAUUGGUGUCUGCAUCUCAGUUGCCAACAAUAGGCUUUUUGUGGGCUCUAUUCCUAAGAGUAAAACCAAGGAACAGAUUCUUGAAGAGUUUAGUAAAGUGACAGAGGGUCUCACAGAUGUCAUUUUAUAUCACCAACCGGAUGACAAGAAAAAAAACAGAGGCUUUUGCUUUCUUGAAUAUGAAGAUCACAAAACAGCUGCCCAGGCAAGGCGUAGGUUAAUGAGUGGUAAAGUCAAAGUCUGGGGAAAUGUUGGAACUGUUGAAUGGGCUGAUCCCAUAGAAGAUCCUGAUCCUGAAGUUAUGGCAAAGGUAAAAGUGCUGUUUGUACGCAACCUUGCCAAUACUGUAACGGAAGAAAUUUUAGAAAAGUCAUUUAGUCAGUUUGGGAAACUGGAACGAGUGAAGAAGCUAAAAGAUUAUGCUUUCAUUCAUUUUGAUGAACGAGAUGGUGCUGUCAAGGCUAUGGAAGAAAUGAAUGGUAAAGACUUGGAGGGAGAAAAUAUUGAAAUUGUUUUUGCUAAGCCACCAGAUCAGAAAAGGAAAGAAAGAAAAGCUCAGAGGCAAGCAGCAAAGAAUCAAAUGUAUGAUGAUUACUACUAUUAUGGUCCACCUCAUAUGCCCCCCCCAACAAGAGGUCGAGGGCGUGGAGGUAGAGGUGGCUAUGGAUAUCCUCCAGAUUAUUAUGGAUAUGAAGAUUAUUAUGAUUAUUAUAGCUAUGAUUACCAUAACUAUCGUGGUGGAUAUGAAGAUCCAUACUAUGGUUAUGAAGAUUUUCAAGUUGGAGCUAGAGGAAGGGGUGGUAGAGGAGCAAGGGGUGCUGCUCCAUCCAGAGGUCGUGGGGCUGCUCCUCCCCGUGGUAGAGCCGGUUAUUCACAGAGAGGAGGCCCUGGAUCAGCAAGAGGCGUUCGUGGUGCGAGAGGAGGUGCCCAACAACAAAGAGGCCGCGGGGUACGUGGUGCAAGGGGUGGCCGCGGUGGAAAUGUAGGAGGAAAGCGCAAAGCUGAUGGGUACAACCAGCCAGAUUCCAAGCGGCGCCAGACCAAUAAUCAGAACUGGGGCUCCCAACCCAUUGCUCAGCAACCGCUCCAAGCAGGGAAAAGGGGUCGAGGCCGGUCCUGACCUGUUACAAUGAAGACUGACUUGCUAUGUGGGAUUACACCAGAAGCUUGCAGUGGAGUAAUGGUAAGGAAAAUCAAGCAACCUUAAAUAUCUCGGCUGUAUAGGAGCAUAUUCUAUUGCAGAAGACCUUCCUAUGAAGAUCAUGGAAUCAAAUACGGGACAUUGAACUAAUACUUGGACUUUGAUAUGAAUUUCUUUAACAAUUUUCUCUGCAGUGCAAGUUAUUAAACUAAAGCUACUCUAUUUUCCAAAUGUGUUCCAACAAAAAUCCUUCAUAACUUCUAGCAUGGUAUCUUAAUAAAGAAUAAAGUUCUUCUCUUUAAAAAAUCUGCUCUAAGUAGAUUUUUCCCCUCUUUUUUUAAUUAAGGAUCUCAGCAGUGGUAUUCUGAAAUAUUCUCUUGAAUUUGUGCAUUUAAAUUUUAUUGCAGUGAUAUAGAUGAAUGCCACUGUUGGUACCCUUAAAAUUUAUUUCUGCUCACCACGGUUAAUCAUGAUUGUCUAUAUCUUUUUUAUAGUAAUCACUUUUGAAUUGUGUUCAGAUGCAGUUUCAGGUGUAAUCAUCAGAGCUGGUUAGUCAGGCAUUCCAGAUAGUGGUUCUUUUCAGAACCUUUUUUAAAGGGUUGGUUAACUACCUCAGUAGCAGAGGAUUGAACUAUACCCUGUCUGUACUGUACAUAGAAAAUCUUUGUAGAUAAAAGCAAGGCUUGUUAAAUAUGAUAUGAGGGUAAGAUUUUAAUAAACCAAAUGUAACAUUCUUAGUUGCCUUUAGUUUCAGAGGCUUGUAAGACUUCCUCAUGACCAUCAUAACAGGCCUUGCUUUUGUCGUAUUUUGUGGCUGAAAAAGCAGCCUUGCUUCUUCAGAUAUUGUAGUUAUUUGGAUGUAUAAUAGUUUAGCAAGAUGUUACUUUUGUAAGACAUCAGAUGUUCAAAAAAGUGCAUCCGAACUUGUACUAAAUACUGCAGUGUCCCUUUAUAAAAAGUCAGACUAAAACUGACAAUUGUACAGCAAAGCCUGACAUUUGGAUAUUUUGAAGUUUUUCAUAAAUCAUAGAAAUUAGUAUAUGGCUGUAGUUUAGCUUUUUAGGUAAAAGGUAUGUUUCAUUAGUGCAUUUGUUACUGCUGAUCACUAUAAAAAUGUGAAUCAGCUUUCCAUUUCUUAUGCAGGUCAUGAUAACUUGUAGAGUAGAGUACAAUCAUUUGUGCUAUGUUUUUAAUUUUCUAAAGCACCUUGAUGACAGUGAGUGUUCAGUGGUGAAGCAUCCUCUAUUGAAUCACCCUCAAAAUUUUUUUGCCAAGUCCUAAGUUGAUAGCUUAAAGUCAAAAGUAAAAUGAUAGUUUAAGUAGGACUUGGUGUAAAGAAAUACCUUCUCCCCUUCCCCAAAGGGAUACUGCAGUUAUAUCACAUACCCAAUAGGCACCACGAUGAAGAUCAGAGCUUAUACCUAAUUAAGGUUUUAUACACACCAGUUCCCCAGUAAAUGCAAAUUUAACAAGAAAAUUAGACAUGUCAUAUGUUCAAAAUGCUCAUGGCAAACAAUCAUUUUUGCAUUCCUGCAAAUAAAAUUGUUUUAUACUGUAAGCUGGAGGCGAGUGUAACUUAUUUUUGUAAUAAAGUUUUUAUUUUUUUUAUGUGUCAUUAAUAUAAAUGUGUGUUAGUAUAGCAGAUCUUCUGGUUUAAAAACUUAGAAUUGCACACAUUUCAGUAUGUUCAUUUGUACUUACAUAAUUCUAGAAUAGUGGUUGCCAAUAGCCUGUAUGUUUCCCAUUAAUUGGUUUUUUUUUCCUUUAUUUUUUUUGUUACCUUAAUAAACCAUUUUAGUAUGUUGUAUGUCAGUUACUGGGAUAGCUGGGGCAUAGAGUGUAAUUUAAAAUUUGUCAAUAAGUAUUCAUUGGAAUAUAUGUAAAUGUGCCUUGCCGGUUGUUGAAACUUACCUACAAAAUGAGUAUGGGGUGACAAAAAUAUGUUCCUGGUGCUUAAUGAAACUUUCUUCCACUGAUUUUAUAUAUAACCCUGUGCUUUUUAAAAGUACAUCUCUCAAAUCGUAAGUUUGAGGGCUACACAAAACAUGUACAUUUCAUUCUAACAUAGUAAGUACACUAGGUCGUGGAAAGUGGGUCAAUUAUAUGUAGCCUUCAGCAAAAUCGAAUCUCAGUGUAAUCCUUGGUGCUGGCACUUCCCAGGUCCAAGGAGUAAAAUGAUCCCAUCUAAGAGGUCAUUGCCAUGCCUAUUGGCACUUAACUGUCAUACCAUUUUUAACGGACACUGUCAAGGUCUUUUAGUUAAUUCCUGGAUUUAUUUGUUGGGAAGCUAGAACAGGUUGUUUGACUUAACUGCAUUGACAAAGUUGAAAGAUGAACACUUUUGUGGGUUCACAAAUGUGUUCUUUAAGAAAAUAUUGGAGUAUUGAGCUCUUUGGGUUUCUAAGACUUGGCUAUUUUAGUUUGGGGACAUGGGAGGGAAAACUGAUUAAAAAAUUGUGAAGAAUUGAUGGUUAUACUUAAGGGUAAUGUAAACAGUGGUGAUGAAAUACAAACUCAAGUGAAAAUACUUGACAGUGUUCAUUUUAAUGACUUUGAAUUUAAGCCAUUAUAAUUACUUUUAAAAUUAAAUAUCAUUUGCACUGUUCUGAUAAUGGGUGCAGUUUUUGAGCAAUAUAAUCAGAGCUAAAUAUGCAUGUAGUGAUUAGUGAUGUGAACAAUUAAGUUCUGAGAAGAAUACUAACCGUGGUAUUUUCAAACUUCAAUUUUCUGUAGUAAAAUCAGUAACAAACUCUUAUCAGAAAUCAAGAAAAAAACAGGCAAUGCAUAUAAACAUAAUUUUGAAUGUUGUGUGGCCUAUAAAGCAAUAAUGCAAUUUAUAUGGAAUGUCAUGGGAUAUGAGAAAUGGAAAUGCGAAAAUAACUAAUCCUUUAGUAAAAAUGUCAACAUGUUAAAAGGGGGAAUGUUAACUAAUGUAGGUUAUUGCGUUUGUGAUUUGUUUAUGGGUUCUUGGCUUUGACAGCUUCAAAGAAUGGACAGAUGACAAGUUAAAUUUUGUAUAUAUUGUCAAGGAAAGGGUUUUUAAUAGUCCCUUCCUUGAGGUAAAAAGUUUAUAAAAAAGAAUUUUGAUUGUUGAAAAGUUACCUAACCAAAACAGACGCAAGAUUUUGUUUCUGCAGACUACUUGGCAAUCAAAAAGUGUUCAUAAAUUUAGCUUAUCAGUUUUUAGGAAGUUAGUUUGUGAGAAAGUUGUGUUAAUUAUAUUCUUCCCAAGCAUGCUUUUUGUGCAAGAUUUUUAGUCCUUGCAAUUGCAUCACACGUUAAAAAUGGAGAAUUGAAUUGCACAAAAGGAAUAUGUUCACGAUGGCACUUAACAGCAUCAUGAGAAUCUUAUGGAUCACUGCAGAACUUUUACUACUUGAUGCAAAUCUGACUAAACAAAAGUAUAAACAUUUUCUCAUGACAGAUUAGGAAUGACACAAAUGGAUUGAUGGGGCAAUCUGGGCUAUAUAAUUGUAUAUAAGAUAUUUGAAAAGAUGUAUUUAGUAUUAGGAUGAACAUCAAACCACACGGGAAAAUUAACUUUAGUGCAGCUUUUUUGAAAUUACUUGGUCAGAAACAGCAAAUACAUCAUGUUAUGAUGUAGUCACUAAUUGAUGGGGAGAAAUUAAAAUACAGAAGGGCUUUAUGCAUUAAAAAAGGUAGUCGAUCCGAGAGUAAAUGGUUGCUCAGGUUCCUAAAAACUCCAAUAAUACCCUCCAAGACUGUUUUCUCCCCACUUACCCAUAACAUGAACAGGAAAUCAGUGGGUAUAAAGUUAACAAAUAAACAACUUAUUUUAACAAUACAUGGAACAGACUUCUUGGGAUGAUUUUUACGGUGUAGUAUUUACUUAGUAAUCUUACCACUCAAUAGGGCAUGCCACUAAAGAUGCUAAUUAUGAACCAAGGCUCACACAGGCAUUUUUUAAAAACUGAGCCAAUGUAUAGAUGGACUUUUUGAGUCUGUCACUUUUUAAAAGUUCUUAAAACAUAAAACAUAUUAACACCACAGUCUGCCUUCAAUAAUGUACCUAAAAUGUUUUUCAGGACCAGAAGCAUUCAGUUGGACAACCUUUUUUGCAAACGCAAAUCAGUAUUACUCUGGGUCAAAGAUUUAAGUUUUUAAUAUUAACAGUAGUCUGGUAAACAUUUAGAAGUCUGACAUUGAGAAACAAAAGCUUGUACCUGAGUAUUUUAAUUAAAAAAAAUUAGAUUUUAGCUUAUUUAAAUUCUUUUACAUUUAUUUAUCCAUAGAGUUUAUAUUUAUUUCGUUCCUUUCGUCUCACUGAAAGCUGUCUGCAGGCUUUUUGAUUUGGAUUAGAUGUGUGAAGUACUGUCUUUCGCCAAAAACCUCAAAUUACCUGUUUUUUUUCCCAACGUAGUGGGUUUGUGCUUGUUUGGAGACCAGUUCAAAAACUAUCUGUACUAUCUGUACUGCCUCUGAUGUUAAGAUUUUAUGUAUAGCAUAAGGAAGCUAGCUCUGACUAUAUUUUCCUAAGAAUAAAGACCUAUUUUUGUAGCAUG